AUGAAUCGCAAGAAGAUUUUCAUACGAUAUCUACAAGAAAUGCAACCCAAUAGAAUAGCUAUACCAAAAAAACCAUCUUACUGGUGUUUUCAAGCGGAUGAAAUUUUUUAUAACAGUUCACAAGAAGAAGUGUACCGUGUCACAACCGAGGAUCUUGUAUCAAAAAUUUUAGAUGGUGUGAAUUGUAUUUUAAUGGGCUACGGACAAACAGGUUCUGGGAAGAGCUUUACUAUGAGCGGUCUCCGAAACAACUGGGAACACAGAGGCCUGGUCCCGCGACUUUUGACCCAAAUGUUUGCUGAAAAGGCGAAAAGAAAAAAAGCCAACAAAAUAGAAUACUGUAUAAGCUUCAUUGAGAUUUAUGGAAAAGAAACGAAAGAUUUGUUACUCUCUACGGAUAAUAACAAAGUCAAGAUAAACGAGCGAGAACCGUUCAAGGAAAUCUCCAUGAUACCUGUGGAUAAUGAAAAUGAAUGUCUGAAAAAAAUCUUUGAAGGAGAAAUUAGGAGAUCGAUUGCAAUAGGAUCGACUUAUCCAGCCUCUCACUUAUCCAUGUCUGUGAUUACUUUUCAUGUAUCUAAUCUUAGUUUAAUAACAUCAUGGGGUAUUGUAACGACAGCCAAAAUACAUAUUGUGGAAACAGCUGGUACAGGAACAGUAGGAAAGAAUAGUUGUUGGAAAACAGCGACAGAUAUUGGUAUGGCGAAUUUAAUGAAAACUCAGUUGGAGCAAUUCUUUUCACAUAUAGAAAGUCCAGCCACUAUUAAUAUAUCACGCUCCAAUAAUUUGUUCAAGAUUUUAGGAAAUGCUUUUUCAGUUUCAUCUAUAAUUCGGUUAUUAAAAGGAAAUUCAUGA